GAAGUUGAUAUACGAAGUGCACAGAUUUCUCCUUCACAGCAGCAGAAGAAUCAGGAAGCUCUUAGCCAAGGAAGUGGAAGGCAAUGAGUUCCAAACAGCAGUGUGUCAAACUGAACGAUGGCCACUUUAUUCCUGCCCUGGGCUUUGGCACCUAUAAGCCAAAUGAGGUUGCCAAGAGCAAAUCACUGGAGGCUGCAAACCUAGCUAUAGGUGCUGGGUACCGCCAUAUUGACACUGCUUUUGUAUACCAAGUAGAAGAGGAGAUAGGACAGGCCGUGCAAAGCAAGAUUAAAGCUGGGGUCGUAAAGAGAGAAGACAUGUUCAUCACCACAAAGCUCUGGUGCACUUGCUUUCGGCCAGAGUUGGUCCGGCCUGCUUUGGAAAAGUCACUGAAAAGACUUCAACUGGACUAUGUUGAUCUUUACAUCAUGCAUUACCCAGUGCCAAUGCAGGCAGGGGAUAGUGAUUUUCCAGUAGAUGAACACGGGAAAAAUCUGUUGGACACUGUGGACUUCUGUGACACGUGGGAGGAGUUGGAGAAGUGUAAGGAUGCAGGAUUGGCCAAGUCCAUUGGGGUGUCCAACUUUAACCACAAGCAGCUAGAGAGAAUCCUAAAUAAGCCAGGACUUAAGUACAAACCUGUGUGCAACCAGGUUGAAUGUCAUCUUUAUUUGAACCAGAGUAAGCUACUGGAUUACUGCAAAUCAAAAGACAUUUUUCUUGUUGCUUAUGGUGCUCUGGGAACCCAGCGCUAUAAAGAAUGGGUGGACCAGAACUCUCCAGUUCUAUUGAAUGAUCCAGUUCUUUGUGGUGUGGCCAAAAAGAACAAGCGAAGCCCUGCCCUAAUUGCACUGCGGUACCUGAUUCAGCGUGGGGUCGUGGCCCUGGCCCAGAGCUUCAAAGAGAACGAGAUGAAAGAGAAUUUGCAGGUGUUUGAUUUUCAGUUGUCUCCUGAGGACAUGAAAACCCUAGAUGGCCUAAACAGAAAUUUUCGGUAUCUUUCAGCUGAGUUUUUUGCUGGCCAUCCAGAGUAUCCGUUUUCUGAGGAAUAUUAACACGGGAACGUAGUCAUGACUUCCUACUGAUGUCUCUGUACAUGGACAGUGAUGCUGGUGACUCGAUUCAAAUGCUGUUGGGUAGACAUGUCAUCUCUGCUCAGUUGGGUUGCCUAGCAACUCACAUUAAACUGAAGCUCCUGCUAAUGGUCUCAAAGAAAAGGAAUUUAAUUUUCAUGAUGCUUUGAAAUAAAUAUAACAUUUUCUCCUUAAA